CGAGAACAGUAAUCACAGCACUCAAAACUGUUUGGAUUUGAUUUGGGAUAUCAUUGGUCAUAUCUCGACUGUUAAAACCAGACGCAUGUGUCCAAUUUUUGGAUCACCCAGUUGAAAAAAGAAUUGUCCUCGGUUUCUCUAUCUAGGUACCUAAUUUGUUCUCACAGACAGGGUAAAGAAAAGAAAACAAAGACACAGACAGAAUGCCUUCAUCACAAAGCGCAUCUUCAAAACGGGCAUUUGCCAAUUACCCGCUCCCCAAGGAAUGUCCCAACACCAGUUAUAACAAUCAAGUGGACAAAAACCCCCCUCUGCGAGGGUACAGCCUCGCUAUCGCGUCCACUUUCCUUGAAAAAUUCCCCUCACUGCAGACGUACUUCUGGUCCACCGCUGGCUUCGGCACCGUCAAGGACAUCCGCUACCUGGACGAUGCCCAGGCCAGGUUCCUGCAGGGGUCGGUGAUACCGCUCCCGGCGGAGGGCGAUGCCGCCACCACCACCAGACAGACCCCGGCGGAGCUGACCAGCCCGGCAGCCUACCCGGCGCAGGCGGCGCCGCGCUACCACUCCGCGGCCGACUUCCACGCCAUGUACAAGUCGGGCGCCGCGACCCCGCUGCAGGUGGCGACGGCGCUGCUGCCGUACAUCACGGGCGACAGGGGCGCCGAGCACGCAACGGCCUGGACGGCCUGCAAGCGGGACGAGGUGCUGGCCGAGGCGCGCGCUUCGACCGAGCGCUGGGCCGCGGGUAAGCCCAUCGGCGUGCUGGACGGCGUGCCCUUUGGCGUCAAGUGUGAUACCCCCGUCGCGGGCUACGUCAACACGUUUGGCAUCAAGCCGCAGGCUGGGCUGAGCUUCUUCAAAAAGGUGCAGGAGGAGGAUUGCUGGCCGGUCAAGAAGAUGCGCGAGGCCGGCGCUAUCAUGGUUGGGAGGUUGAACAUGCAUGAGGUUGGGAUGGAUACCACGGGGUGUAAUCCCGCAAUCGGCACUCCCACAAACUGGUACAACAAAUCCUACUACCCAGGCGGCUCGUCUUCUGGCGGCGGGUCGGUCCUCGGCGUCGGCCUGAUCCCCAUAUCCAUCGGCACCGACGCGGGCGGGAGCGUGCGCAUCCCGGCCGCCUUCAACGGCUGCUUCGGGCUCAAGGUGACGCACGACCGCACCAUGGCCAUGAACAGCCUCAUGUGCGUCACCGGCCCGCUCGGCGCCACCGCGUCGGACCUGCGCGCCGCCUACCGCGUCAUGGCCCAGCCCAACCCAGAAUGCGAGGUGCAGGGCAAGUUCGCGCCCACGUUCUGCCCGUCUCCCACCGCCACCAGCAACAACAACAACAACAACAACAGCCGACCAAAACUCCUCGGCAUCUGCAAGGCGUGGGUGGAGCUCGCCAAGCCGCCGGUGCGGGCGUGCUUCGACGCGGCCGUGGCGCACCUGGUCGAGAAGCAAGGCUACACGGUCGUCGACAUCGAGCUCCCCUACCUCCGCGAGGGCCAAGUGGGCCACGCGGCGGGUUGCCUGGUGGAAGGGGUGGACCACGCGCGGAUGCGGCACGACCCGGCGGCGGGCGACGGGGGCAGCUGGCUCGACAUGCUGUCGUACCCGUCGCGGGUGGUGCUGUCGGUCGGGCAGCACACGCGCGGCGUCGACUACAUCAAAAUCAUGCAGCUGCGGCAGCUGCUGAUGCGGCACCUCGCCCACCUGUACUCGGAGAAGCACCCGGGCAUGCUGAUCGUGAGCCCGCUCAGCGCCAUGCCCGGCUGGGCCAAGCACCCGGCCGAUGCGCGCUUCGGCGUCAGCGACGGCAACACCACCUUUGAAAACAUGCGAUACGUUUGGCUCUCCAACAUGACGGGCUGCCCGAGCGUGAGCGCGCCCAUGGGUUACGUCGAGCCCAAGGUCGGCGAGGGUAGGGUGCCGGUUGGCAUCAUCGCCAUGGGCGAGUGGGGCGAAGAGGAAAGCCUGUUGGACUGGGCUGCCGACGUUGAGGGCUACCUCAACGGGAUGGAAGGGGGCAGGCCGAGGCCGAAGGAAUGGAUUGAUGUGAUCCAGUUGGCCAAGGAGACUGAGAGCGAGGAGCUCGAGGUUGGGGACGUCAAGGUUGGGAAGCAAAGACAGCAAAAGUUGUGA